CGCCGCCGCCCGCCAUGAGCCGGCUGUGGGUGCAGCGAGAGCGGCAGGAGGCGGCCGCCCUGGAGAGGCGGCGGCAGCGGGAACUGCAGCGGCAGAGCCGCAUCUUCAACGCGCGAGUCCGAACCAUCGGGGUUGAUAAAAAUGCACUGGAUAGCCAGGUCAAGGAUAGGAAAAUUCAAGAAACAGCUGAAAAAGCAUGGAAUGAAGAAUUUGCUAAUGAAAUGAAGCAAAAUGACAAGAUCAUGUGUAUGUUAGAAGAACAACAGAAAAGUGCUAUCAGAAACAUAAAUAAGGAUAUUAAUGAAUUUCGGAAGAAUUUUCAGAAGCCAGAAACAAGACGAGAAUUUGACCUGUCUGAUCCACAAGCCCUGAAGAAGGAUAGAGCUGCUCGACUUUCAGACAAUGAUCCUCGAUGUACUGUGUCUGGCAUGCAGAAGUUUAUGGGUGAAGACUUAAACUAUGAUCAGAGGAUGAAAUUUCAAAAGGAGCAGUUAAGAGAGUGGUCUCUUCAGCAACAGAGAGAGUGGAAGAAUGCAUUAGCUGAUCAAAAAUUUGCAGAUGAUCUUUAUGACAAGAGUAGGAUUGAACUUGACCAAAAGACUAUGGAGCAACAACAAAAAGAAGAAGAAAAUAGGCGUGCUGUUUGUGUAGCUACUAAAGAUUUCAAUAGGGCUCAGGCUGCCGAAGUAGCUGAGAAAAAGAAGAUGGAAAAGUAUCAAAAAAUGAAAGAUGACAUGGAUGAAAUUUCUAGCCUCCUUCAGGGAGACUUCCUUUCUGAAAACCCUGAACAGGCAAUCAGUUCCUUUGGUAGACACCGUGUGAUCCCAGAUCGAUGGAAGGGAAUGAGUCAGGAUCAGCUGAUGGCAAUCCGUUCCUCUCAACAGCAACAAGUUCUGGAGAAACUGAGACUAAAAGAGGAAGAACGCCAAAAAGAAGCUGAAUGGGACAAGCAGAUUGUUCAGACUGCUAGAGCACUGUUGAUUUUAGAGCGGCAGCAACAACGACAGAGUCGGGAACACCGCCGAGCUUUAGAUAACGUAAAUGCAGAGCUAUCUCAGGAGCAGAAAGCAAAGAACAUUUAUCUUAAAGAAGAAGAAUAUUCAAAUGUUCCAACAGCCCAGUUUUAUGCACAGUUUAAUACAACCAGCCGGUGACAUUAUGGAUAAAUCAACCUGAGAUAUACAGAAGUAUGUAGACAUAUUAAAAUUCUUGAUUGUGCAAUCCGAUGUUUCGUUAUUUUGAUUUGUUCCUUAUGGUGUUCAAACAGUGUACUCAAACUAAAGAGCAGUCUGCUAGGUCACGUCUGUUCUGAGAAUAGAAAAACUUUUUAAUAGUUUUUGACUUGAUGUUUUUUCUAGAAACUACUAAUAGGUAUAAUAUUUUCCAUACCUUUAGAAAUAAAUUUCUGGAAAGAAAUAACAAUUUAAAAUAUAAUGAUACUUUAUGAAGCUUGGUCAGAGGAGGAUGUUCCCUGAUCAUCACAAGUGAUGCACACUUAGCAGGCACUGUGGGAAGGAAGAAAGAUGACCUAGGCAGAAAGUUUUGGAUUUGUUUAAGUCUAAUUUGGUUUUGUUUGGUUUUGGGGGUUUGUUUUUUUAUUUUGGUUUUGUCCUUUAAAAGAAAAAAGCAGCCAGAUACAAAAGCAAGCAACAAGGAAGAAAUGGGCAAGUUGGGCCAGAAAAUAUGGCUUCUAUUUUCUGAGUAGUAGAAAUAAGAAGAGAAGAUUUCAGUAUUUAUGGAGGUGAUUAUAGCAUUGAGGCAUGACACAGAAAAGCAAUAUGUUUUAUAAUAAUUGCAGAAAAGUAUGGGGGGUAGCAUUCCUACAUACACCAUUGCUCGUUAGAAAUAAUGGAGAAAACGUAAGAGCAGUGUGCCUCUAAAGGAGAGUGUAGGGAGAGUUUACACAUGUGAUGGAAGAGGGGUGAAAAAGCAGGUAUGCACUAAAUAAAAACAAUGAGAAAAAACUCAGCUUGUGCAGGUUAUUUCAGAGAAACUGUUCCCUGUCUUUAUGGUCACAGAAUUGACUUAGCAAUGGAAGAGCCAGUCAUUCAUAUUUGAAAAAUGGGCAAGUGAAACACAUAGGAAGAAAAUACAGAGAAGCAAUGUAAGAAACUAACUGCACAAGAGAAUUGAAUGAUUGAGAUAAUUAGAAAAUUAAAUCCGGAAGGGAAAGAGAUGGCGUACAGAGGACUGGAAAAGGGUUUAGAAGACUUAAUGAUCUAAACAGAAGAAAGAGUGAAAGACAGAUGAGAGAGAUUAAUCUAAACAUCCAAGACCUCUAAGACUAUGAUCUCUUAAUAAAACCAGAAAGCCCAUUUAUGAGAAUAGGCCUUGAAACAAAUACGUGUAGCUUGCCAGAAUCUGGGAUGCAAACCUGGGGUAAAAACAUCCCGAUGAUAUUAGCAUGAAGUCCACUGGUUGUUCUUAGUAUCAGGAUAAGUUAUAACUUUGAAUUCUGGUGAAAUAGGUUGAAGAUGACUAUAUCAAGCUAAGUAGGAAAGAUGUUUAAAGAAACUGAGGCUGAAGUAAACUCUAUAGGUUAUUCCAAUCUUUGUGAAAAUAAUGAAAAAUGCACGGUUCUCAAGAUAGCUAUUAUUAGGAGGCUUUUCAGAUGUUUGAAGGAAGCAUUCCUUGAAAGGGGACUGUUCAAACAGGUCUGUUUGCUCCACUGAAAUCCUAUGGAAUCAGGCUGAUAUGACUAAUUACCAUUUUGAACCAGGUAAUAAUACCAGAAGUUUGGAAAAGACCAUUGUAUUAAUUUAUCUAGAUGGAGAGGAGGAAGAAGAUCAAGUAAGAUGAAUAUGCAAAUGUGUAGAGAAGUGUCUUGGGACAGAAUUACCCGUAGCAAAAGUUAUGUCCAAAUUUUAGUGUAUUAAGACAACUGGAACUAAUUGCAGUUUAGAUAGAAACAAGGUAGAAAAGCAGUAGGACUGGGAUACAGGAAAUGAAGAAUGUGCUCUCCGGAAAAGUUGGAAGAUAAAGCUGAGAGGGGGUCUCACUUGCACCGUUGAUGAUAAGCCAGACUGCAAAGAAGUACUUUUCUAACAUGCUGGUAUUUGGAGAUCUAUUUAUUUGUCAGGCUGCGAUUCCCACGUGGCUGGAUGUCUUUCUAGUAUUACUGAAUACUGUAUUAAACUGACAAUCUCAGAAGUCCAGGCACUUGUCUUAGA